AUACACAGGAAGUGUGCAGCAGGGCGCGUGGACAUGUCGGACCCGGCGGCGCAGGCCUUGCAGCCCCGGCUUCUCCAAGCGCAGUCUACCGGGUCCGGGACGGCCGCUACAGGGACGAGUGACCCGGCCAGACCCGGAUUAAGUCAACAACAACGCGCAAGCCAGAAGAAAGCCCAAGUCCGAGCUUUCCCACGGGCGAAAAAGCUUGAAAAACUUGGCGUGUUCUCAGCGUGCAAGGCCAGUGACACGUGCAAGUGUAACGGAUGGAAAAACCCAAAUCCACCCAGUGCCACCCGUAUGGACCUGCAGCAGCAGGCAGCCAGCCUGAGCGAGCAGUGCCGCAGCUGUGGACAUGCCCUGGCUGAUCAUGUGUCCCACCUGGAGAAUGUGUCUGAGGAGGAGAUAAACAGGCUGCUGGGCAUGGUGGUGGAUGUGGAGAACCUCUUUAUGUCUGUGCACAAAGAAGAGGACACAGACACCAAGCAGGUGUAUUUCUACCUUUUCAAGCUGUUGAGGAAGUGCAUUCUGCAGAUGAGCCAGCCGGUUGUGGAGGGAUCUCUCGGUAGUCCACCCUUUGAAAAGCCCAACAUUGAGCAGGGAGUAUUGAAUUUUGUUCAGUAUAAAUUCAGCCACCUUGCUCCUAAGGAAAGGCAGACCAUGUUCGAGCUUUCAAAGAUGUUCCUCUUGUGCCUGAACUACUGGAAGCUGGAGACUCCAACACAGUAUCGGCAACGCACAAAGAAAGAUGACGGCACGUCUUACAAAGUGGACUACACUAGGUGGCUCUGCUACUGCCAUGUUCCCCAGAGUAACGACAGCCUGCCACGCUACGAAACCACUCAAGUGUUUGGUCGCAGUUUGCUGAAGUCAAUCUUCACGGUGACCCGACGCCAGCUGUUGGAGAAAUUCAGAGUGGAGAAAGAUAAACUGCUACCAGAAAAACGCACGCUCAUUCUGACACAUUUUCCGAAGUUCUUGUCUAUGCUUGAGGAGGAAAUUUAUGGGGAGAAUUCACCCAUCUGGGAGGCUGACUUCACUGUGCCUGCUUCUGACGGCACCCAGCUGGGCCACCAGACAGUGAUCAGUCCUGCUGCCGUUUCUGGUUCCCCUUCUUUGUCCAAGGGUCUGAACAGUGGUCCUUCACUGGGAGUUAUAGACAGCGGAUGUCCAGAGUCCAUUGCAGGUGAAAAACGUAAACUCCUCCCCGAGGCCUUAACCUUGGAAGAUGCUAAACGGAUCCGUGUGAUGGGAGACAUUCAGGAGCUGGUUAAUGAAGUCAUGACCAUCACUGAUCCUGCUGCUAUGCUUGGACCAGAGACUAAUCUAUUGACGCCAAAUGGCCGUGAUGAGACCGCCAGGUUAAGAGAGAGGCGAGGCAUCAUUGAGUUCCACGUCAUCGGAGGAAACUCGCCUUUCCCAGAAGUCGAGACAAAAAGAGUCCUGAUGUGGCUUGUCGGCCUACAGAAUGUCUUCUCUCAUCAGUUUACCUCGAAUGCUAAAGAAUACAUCACACGGCUGGUGUUUGACCCGAAGCACAAGACCCUCGCCCUCAUUAAAGACGGUCGCGUCAUUGGCGGCAUCUGUUUUAGGAUGUUUCCCACUCAGGGUUUCACGGAGAUUGUCUUCUGCGCCGUCACGUCAAUGAGACAAGUCAAGGGCUAUGGAACCCACCUGAUGAACCACCUGAAGGAGUACCACAUCAAACAUAGCAUCCUGUAUUUCCUCACGUACGCUGAUGAGUACGCCAUUGGCUACUUCAAGAAGCAAGGGCUUUUCAAAGACAUCAAAGUGCCGAAGAGUCGUUACCUGGGAUACAUCAAAGACUACGAAGGUGCAACCCUCAUGGAGUGUGAGCUGAACCCCAGAAUCCCCUACACUGAACUGUCUCAUAUUAUUAAAAAGCAGAAGGAGGUAUUAAGAAGCUGAUUGAGAGGAAACAGAAGCCAAAUCAGGAAGGUUUUAUCCAGGGCUCACGUGUUUCAAAAGGGUGUACGACAGAUUCCUGUGGAAAGCAUUCCAGGCAUCAGAGAAACGGGCUGGAAACCCAGUAACAAGGACAAAGGGAAGGAGGUGAAGGAUCCUGAUGUACUGUAUAACAUGCUGAAGAACCUGCUGGCUCAAAUAAAGACUCAUCCUGACGCGUGGCCUUUCAUGGAACCCGUGAAGAAAUCCGAGGCGCCCGAUUACUACGAGAUCAUCCGCUUCCCCAUCGACCUGAAGACCAUGACGGAGAGACUGAAGAAUAGAUACUACGUGACCAAGAAGCUUUUUAUCGCCGAUCUGCAGCGGAUCAUUACAAACUGUCGUGAGUACAACCCUCCAGACAGCGAGUACUGCAAGUGCGCCAACACCUUGGAGAAGUUCUUCUACUUCAAAUUAAAAGAUGGCGGCCUAAUUGAGAAAUGAAGAGUCACCUGACAGGGACGGGCAUUAACGGCUACCAAAAAGGAGCAGGGCACAGUGGAACCAUUUGCUAGCUAUUGCCAUAUCCGUUUAAAAACACGACUGUAAAGGUUUUUAUUUUUUAAGGGAAUCGCUGGGCUGGAGCAAACACAGUCCAGGCUUGUUCAGAAAAACAGUUGAGCAUUAAAAAUGUACCAAAGUUGUAGGUCCAAGGUAAACUAAUGCCAAUCUUUCUACUGUUAUUUAUAGUGCGAGUUCCUUUUGUUCUGCUUUAAAAUCACCACUCAAGCAAAUGCACGUGCAGAGAUUUUUAUUUUAUUUUUUUCCGUUGUACAAAGUGGACCUCGGGACCUUAAACCAUGUUGCCUUCUGUUACUGAAGCACUUGAACAUCCCAGUCAUUUCUGCAGGUAUAUGUCAAA